AUUUGAAAUUUUUACAUUCUAAACCUUAACUUAAAAUAUGAGAUGAAAUGGAGAUUGAUUUACCUAGAGGAAGGAGUGUUGAAGAAGAUAGAGGUGGAGUAUCCUUAGCAAGGUGGAGGGGCGUCACCGUCGAAGCACUCGCCGGAGUUGAAGCAUCAGGUUCAAAUCGCCGGAUGGCUUUUUUGGGGUGAGUUUCGUUCUGUCUGCAAAGUCUGCUAGCCGACCUGUCUUUUUUAAAGUGAAAGUCACCAAUUCAUUUGACAUUUGACAACUUUUCACAACCAGUGUUAAGCACAAUAGUAUAUUGGUAAAUACUUUUAAUCCAACAUUAUUUCGGUAAAUAAUUAUUUAAUUCGCAUUAAUUUGAAAAAAAAAACUUUUUUUUACACAUGUUUAGAGAACUUUCUCACAGUAAUAGCAAAUGAUAAACGGAAUACAACGUAGCCUUUCAGGUAGCGCAAAUUAUACCAUGGGAUCGGCCCACCUCGCGCACGGUGUGCCGAUUCCCAAACGGUGCCGUUUUAUUAAUGAGAAAAAUAAUCUUCUCUCCCAAUUUGUAAAGUCUUCGUGCCCUAGGAGAUUCGAUUUGGAGCCGUCGGAAGAAGCAUCAGAAGCUAUGGAUCUCGAUUCUGGCUGAGCCGUCGCCUACAAAGCUCCAAAUUGGACUCCAUCUCAGCCGCUCUUAUCCUCUCCUCCACAGAGAGAACCAACGUGAAUCUGCCAAGACAAACCUUCAAGCAAUAACCACCACAAGCCACCUUUAGGCAUAUGAGUGACAUCCAUCAUGUUGUAGCUGCCAAUUACUCCACAUGUGGCUGCCAGCUGCCUGACACAGGGAUGAGGAUAAACUUCUGACUCUUAAUGCUGAAACAAUGAUGGUGUCCGAUCCCUAUAGCUUAAGUUGUCUCCUAAGUUACAUUUUUAUAAAUCUAAAAAAGUUACAUUUUUAUUAAAGGGAUUUACAUUUCAUUUAUCUCAAGUUACACAUAUAUUAACGUGAGUUACAUUCCAAUUUUCCUCCAUAAGUUAAAUUAUAUUUACACGUGAUUUACAUUUGUCAUAAUGCAAGUUACGCCACAAAACAAUGUGAGUUACACCACAAAUUAAACCUCUGUUAUUCAAAUAAACAUGAUUUUUUUAUUAAAAAUCAUUUCUAAUGACCUUGAUAUGAAAAACAAAGCAUAUAUACUAUUUAUGUAAAAUAAUUGGGCAAUUGGACUCUUUUUUUCAUUUCUUACAUUGAAAUCAAUGUUUUACUUCUUAUAUUCUGUUUUUAGACAACUUACAUUUCAACUUGACUCAAGUUACAUUUCUUAUCGGUAUGAGUUACAUUGUUUCAAACACGAGUUACACCAGCCUGUUAUUGAAAAUUUGAAAUUAUAAAAAAAAACCGGAAGCAGGUUGCUCAAGGUGAGCCGCUCCACGAUAUACCAACAGUUUAGGUAGCAGACCAGUAGUACGCAUUAUUGAUGUGUAAAUGGGUUUAUAGUCAACGGGCUGACGACCGUUUCUUUAAGAGAGGAAAAACACAGCCCGACAUACCAUAGCCGAAAGCAAAAAGAGAAGGAAGGGACCACGAGAAAAAGGCGGGCUAUGGAAAACACCUGGCAAAUCCACGACUUGGACUUCGACACGCACAAUACCAUCACCUUCUUCUCCGACUUUCCUCCCUUUUUUUACUCUGUAUUAGUCUUCCAUCCCACCUUUUUUCUUUUCUUUGUCCACAAACGUACCCAAACAGCUGAAAUGUAUCAACACAAAAAAAUAAAGUCUCUCUGAAAUGCUGAAGCACUGAGGCAUUUCAUUGCAUUCUGGCUUCUGCUUUAUUCAUCCCUCCAGGCUCCAGCUACUUUAAAUUUCUCUAAAUUCCCAGUAAGCAGCUUUUAAAGAAAACAACUUUACAGUAUCUUUGUGAUUUUGGUGCCUAGAAGAGGCAUUGAUAUUAACAGAUUCUAUCAAUAUGUUAUAUUUCCCAAAUGAGAAGAUUGUUUUGAUGUCUUUUUAUGGUAAGGAGUUGCAGUUGAAGUGGAUUUUAAGCUAUGGUGCUAGGGCUGAGAUCAAAGCCCAAAAGGGGUGCUCCUGUUAAACUAGACUUCAGCAUCCAUGUCAAGGAGGUGAACCCAUGGCCACCAUCACCAUCCCUUAGAGCCAUCCGAUCCGUUUUGCUCGUCUGGGUAAACGGCGAUCGCAAAUCCGGGUCCCGCUUGGCCAAAGUAGGGCCCACAAGCAUUGAGUUCAAUGAAUCUUUCACACUCUCAGUCACCCUUACUCCUGAGAAGAAGGCUCAAGAUAAGCUCCAAAAGAAUUUCUUGAAUUUCUACCUAUAUGGACCCUACCGGAAGGACAAAACAAGUAAAGGGAACCUCCUGGGGACAUCGGUGGUAAAUCUUGCAGAUUUCAGGGGGAUUGAGGAAAGCGUGACCACUUCCGUUCCUCUGAUCAGCAAAAAUGCUUCAAAAAGUUCUGAGCAGCCUAGGUUGUUCAUCACAAUACAGCCUUUUUAUAAGGAGAAUAGCUUAUUACAAAGAAUAUCAUCCGCUGACAAGGAGGAGCAGGUAUCCAUUGCUGAUUCAGUGAAUGAAGACAAUGAUGAUCGAUGUGAGAUUGCGUAUUUCAUGGAUGAUGAUGAUGAUGUAUCAUCAUCACUAUCACAUUCUUCUCUGGAUGUCACUCUGUCUUCCUCGGAGGCUGCAAAGGCUUCAUCGUCUCUGCAUGAGAAGGAUGAAGUUGACUAUGAAAGAGAUGACUUUAAAAGAGACGAUAUAGACUCCGAUACACUAUUAGCACCGGUCUCUGAAUCAUUUGUGAGUGUUCCUUCUAAGGGGUUGGAUAGUGUGUCUGAAAGUAAAGCAUUGUUGUCAUCAGAAGCAUCAACCUCAAAUGUGGGAAAUCCUAUAAGCAGUGACGCUCCUUUACCCAAUAUUUCUGAGAGAAGCAUGGCUGAGAAUGAAUUCAUUGAAAAUUUACAUACUGGUCUUGAGGAGAGGAAGGAUAUAAUGGCUAGUCUAGAAUCUAAACAUGAAGAAGAGAAAAUUCCUUUAGAUAAUCCACCUGUGAGUGUUCAAGAAUCCCUAGAGCAAAAAGAGAGACAUGCUGAUAGUGAAGUCACUAAUAGCUUACUUAUCAGCAGCCUUGGGGAUGGAGUGGAUGUAAAAGAAGAUGUACAAAUUGAACAAGAACAACAUAGAAUCUCAAAAGAUGACUUAAAUGUUGAUUUUCAGAACCCCCAAAAGAAAGAAAUGAGAACAGGACAUCCUGAAAAGGAAGCAAAAUUUCAUUAUCAAACAAACGAUGAAUGGAAAACAAGAAUUGCGAUGCUUGAAGAAGAACUAAGGGAAGUCGGUGCAGUUGAGCUAAGCCUUUAUUCUAUAGUGGCUGAGCAUUCAAGUUCUUCAAGCAAGGUCCAUGCUCCAGCUCGUCGCCUUUCCAGAUUCAUUUUUCAUGCUUUCAAGAAUAAGUCUCAAAAGAAACAGGCAAGUAGCAUCAGAACUGCUGUUUCCGGUUUAGCUAUAGUCUCUAAAGCAUGUGGAAAUGAUGUACCAAGGUUAACUUUUUGGUUAUCGAACACGAUAAUGUUGAGAGCAAUUGUUAACCAGGCUACUGUAGCGACAGUAGACAAGAACAACUCAUAUAUGUGUAGCAUCGAAGGUGAAACCAAGGGUGCCACAGAAGACCAUACUGACUGGGGACAUAUGGAAAUAUUUAAUCUUGCACUGGAACAAGUCGAAGCUUGGAUCUUUUCCCGAAUUGUUGAGUCUGUGUGGUGGCAGACAUUCACUCCACAUAUGCAAAGAAGUGUUGUAAAAGCAGGCAGCAUAUCUAAGGCCUCUGAUUCUAUGAAAGGAAAUAUGAUUGGGUUUGGAGGUGAAGAGCGAGGUAGCUUGACUAGUUUCUCAAUAGAUCUUUGGAAGAAGGUUUUCGGGGAUGCUUGUGAAAGGCUGUGCCCACUUCAGGCAGAAGGACAUGAGUGUGGCUGCUUACCAAUGUUGACAAAAUUGGUUAUGGAACAGCUAGUGAGGAGAUUGGAUGUGGCAAUGUUCAAUGCCAUUCUCCGUGAAUCAAAUGAUGAAAUGCCAACGGAUCCUGUUUCGGACCCUAUUAGUAAUCCUAAGGUCCUCCCUAUCCCUGUCGGAAAACUAACUUUUGGAGCUGGUGUACAAUUAAAAAAUGCUAUUGGGAACUGGUCUAGAUGGCUGUCUGACUUGUUUGAAGCUGAAGACGAUAGUGAGUUGUCUGAUAGCAGCAACACUGAAGAUAGGCGACCAGAGGAAUCUCGCAAGCCUUUCCGUCUACUAAACGCUUUAAGUGACCUGAUGAUGAUUCCAUUUGAAAUGCUAGCUGAUCCACUGACAAGAAAAGAAGUUUGUCCCACAUUCAGCCCAUCACUGGUCAAGAUCAUUCUCAGUCUUUAUAUGCCCGAUGAGUUCUCCCCAAACCCAGUUCCCCAAAAAGUGCUUGAGGCGCUUGAUUCUGAGGAUGACACGGAUGCUUCUGUUGAGUCUAUCACUGGCUUUCCAUGUACUGUAGCCCCUACAGUCUACCCGUCACUGACGGCAGCUUCGCUCACUAGGUUU